UUUUAAUUUCAAAAUAGGUAGAACUCCCAAAAAGGACAAGUGGGUCUUCUCAGAAGUAUAUUGGCGUAUUCUGUUUAAUGUUGGGAUGUGUUAUUAUAUCAGUUGUCAUCGCUAGCGUUAUCAGCACAAAGCUCCUACUACAAAAUAUACCAUCAUCAGUCGAACAACAAUUAAGUAAAGAGGAGUUUUUGGAACAAAUCCGCGUAGACACUUCUAACGGAGAAUUGAAAGAUCUUAUGGACAGCUUAGAAAGCGUCGUGAGAGCAGAUAUGGAGAACCUUUCAAAUAAGACAAAGAUGCAUAUCGAACUACUUCUACAAGCUUCACAAAACAAAUCUGAUUUCAAUGUCUGGAAAGAGGAGAUCAAGGGAGAUUUAAAUAGAUUAAAUCAAGCAAGAAGAUGCAAGACAAGCUGUCUUGACCAAGUGGAUGGAAACUACCAGUCUUGUUAUACUUGUGAAGGAUUUAUUAGAUGUUUAAAUGGUAUUUUAAACAACCUAACUUGCGCUCCAUCUCACGAAGACAUUAAGAUUUACUGGGAUGAUGUUGCAAAACAGUGCCAAUUUAUCUCAAGUACAUGUGAUCCACGCUACAUUAUGUAAACUAGAGGUACUGUGAGCAAUUAGCUCACUAAAUGAUACCCUCGCCUCCCAUAUGAAUAUAAUGACAAUGAUUAUUUUUUGCUACGGGAACCCAAAAUAUGUGUCGGAUCAAAAAAGGGAAAUAUGAAUUGCACAAUGGCAAUAUGAAACAAAGAUUCUGUGAAAGUCAUUCAUUUGAAUGAGAGGAGUUGCGGAUAAGAGAUACCCAAAGCGUAACAGAAGGAUGGAUGGAUAUUUCAAUUACUAUAAUUAUACGACUGUAUGUCCGUCCGUCCGUCUGCAAUGCUUUUAGAUAUUCAUCAUUUAUCUGCAACUCCUCUUAUACCUCUGAAUGAAAUUUAAUGAGACUUUCAUAGAUUCUUUAUUACA